UAUGGCUUUUUUUUUUUCCUCCAACCUUUUUCCAUCUUAUCGCUCGCUUUCAGCGAGGACAUGCGGCUUCACGUUGGUGUGAACGUAUCAAACGGGCCAGGAGCUUGUAUUUAAUCAUCCCCGGAAGACAUUUUUCAACCUUUCAGUUUUCACACCCCAAAACACGGUGUGAUUUUUUUUUUUUUGGUGGCUUUUUCGAAAAUAGGGGCUGAAAGUUCUUUUUGAGGACAGCAGCGCUAUGAUGCGCCUCUGAGGACAUCUCGAUCACAUGGGCUCCUCUCCUGUGCUGACCCAAUGGUUUAAUCGCCAGGACUAAAAAUGAGCAUAAGCAGCGAUGAGGUUAAUUUCCUGGUUUACAGAUAUCUGCAGGAGUCAGGUUUCUCCCACUCAGCAUUCACCUUUGGCAUAGAGAGCCACAUCAGUCAGUCCAACAUCAAUGGAGCCUUGGUGCCCCCUGCUGCCCUUAUUUCCAUCAUUCAGAAGGGCUUGCAGUAUGUGGAGGCUGAAGUCAGCAUCAAUGAGGAUGGCACCUUAUUUGAUGGACGGCCCAUCGAGUCCUUGUCUUUGAUUGAUGCCGUAAUGCCAGAUGUGGUCCAGACCAGGCAGCAAGCCUACAGAGACAAGCUAGCCCAGCAGCAGGCAGCAGCGGGCAGUGGCAGCAGCACGGGACCACAGGGAACCACCAAGAAUGGAGAGGGCGCUGCCAACGGGGAGGAAAAUGGAUCCCACGCCUUAGCCAAUCACCACUCAGAGAUGAUGGAGGUGGACCGGGAUGUGGAAAUCCCCCAGAGUAAAGCCAUGGUCUUGAGGGGCCACGAAUCGGAGGUUUUUAUCUGUGCCUGGAACCCAGUGAACGACCUCCUCGCCUCUGGGUCUGGGGACUCAACAGCACGGAUCUGGAACCUGAGCGAGAACAGCACGGGCGGAUCCACCCAGCUGGUUCUGAGGCACUGCAUUCGGGAAGGGGGCCAGGACGUACCCAGCAACAAAGACGUCACCUCACUAGACUGGAAUAGCGAGGGGACAUUACUAGCAACAGGCUCGUAUGAUGGCUUUGCUAGGAUAUGGACAAAAGAUGGUAACUUGGCCAGUACUUUGGGUCAGCACAAAGGCCCUAUAUUUGCACUCAAGUGGAAUAAGAAAGGAAACUUUAUCCUUAGUGCUGGUGUAGAUAAGACAACAAUUAUUUGGGAUGCACACACGGGAGAGGCAAAGCAACAAUUUCCUUUCCACUCAGCACCUGCUCUGGAUGUAGACUGGCAAAGCAAUAACACGUUUGCCUCCUGUAGCACAGACAUGUGCAUCCAUGUGUGUAAGCUGGGCCAGGACAGACCUGUGAAGACCUUCCAGGGACACACGAAUGAAGUGAACGCCAUAAAGUGGGAUCCUACUGGCAGCUUGCUGGCCUCCUGCUCUGAUGACAUGACUCUCAAGAUUUGGAGUAUGAAGCAGGAUUCGUGUGUCCAUGACCUCCAGGCCCACAGUAAAGAAAUCUACACCAUCAAGUGGAGCCCAACAGGCCCUGGCACCAACAAUCCCAAUGCUAACCUCAUGCUGGCCAGUGCAUCGUUUGACUCAACGGUGCGUCUGUGGGAUGUGGAGCGUGGGGUGUGCAUCCACACACUGACCCGCCACCAGGAGCCCGUCUACAGUGUGGCCUUCAGCCCAGAUGGCAGGCACCUGGCCAGUGGUUCCUUUGACAAGUGUGUCCACAUCUGGAACACUCAGACGGGUGCUUUAGUCCACAGCUACCGAGGGACAGGAGGGAUCUUUGAGGUGUGCUGGAACGCCACAGGGGACAAAGUAGGAGCCAGCGCGUCAGAUGGAUCGGUCUGUGUACUAGACCUGAGAAAAUGACACUCAUCGGGGGGAGCCAUGGACCGACUACGAAUGUGUACAUAGCCAAAACGACUGUCCCUGCCUGUCCGCCACACUGCUGUAGUCCCACAGAUGCCAUGGCCUGCUGUUACAGCCAACUGGAGCGCACCCUGCCUCAUAUGUACUACCCAAGGACCACACCCUGGCCACACACAGUUUUUAUGCACAUCCAUCAGAUAUGUCAGGUCUUUAUGGAGUUUGCUCUGCAGACCUGCAGGAAUUAAACAUUACUUUGUUAUCACGCAGUAUAAAACGUGUCACCACAAACCAAAACAACAGGAUUCCUCUUGAUUUCCUUUUUUUUUUUUUUUUGUCCUGACUUGUAAAGAAUAUUGUUCUCUGGUGUGUGCAUAUUGCAUAUGUCAGCAUUUAGUGUCCUGUGGACAUUGUUGUGUUGAGUUUGGAUUUAACUGAUCUCUGUAAAUUACAUGUGAGAUGGGAGAGGAGAGAGGGGGUGGUGGGAGUUUUUUUUUGUUUGUUUUUUAAAGAUGUUUGUCUUUUAAAAUGGAUGUUCAAAGUUGUUCAUUGGGAGAUAAAUUCAUUUACUGCAGUCUUUAAGGUUCAAAAAUGCAGAUGUACAGCUAAGAAACGAUUUAUAGUUUUGUCAACUCUAUUUUUAACCAGUAGGUUCGAUCCAUUUUUGCCAUUUUUUAAAAACUAAAUAUACAGCAGUUAAUCAAAGGUUGAACUGUCCUUUGUUUGCAACCUUUAUCCUCAGAAAUGGUUUUCAGGUAAUCACAGUUCAUCAGGUUAUGUUGGUACCCUGAAGAAUUCAAAAAUCUACAGACUGAAAGAUAAUCUGUUGUGUAGCUUUUAACACAAAUGGCAUCAGUGCUGUUAAAGAGCAAUCAGCUUCAGGUUCCCAUCUUUGAAACUGAGCUCAUCCUGGAUCUGUCUUACCUUCCGAAAAGAUGGAUGUGAGCUAACAGGACGCAGCAAUUACUUGCUGAGAGAGAGAGAGAGAUGGGAAAACUGGCCCAUUACUGCUCACAUUCAUUUGUACAGGUAAUAGUCAUAAUUGUGCUUGUUUUCUCAGUUAAUGGCUUGUUGUUUUUUUAGUGCUUUAUCAUAAUGAGGCUUAGUUGUUCUAAUUGAUUCUGGUUCCUGGAAGCAAUUAGAACAGCUCUGGAGAAGUACUCUGGAGUAUUGCUUCCUCUGCAGGCAGUCUUUGAUCCCAGCUUUUUAAAGCUGGAUCAACAUCCACUUUACAUCCCAACGGAAACAGCUGAUCAGCUACAACUGAGUUCAUAUUUCAGUUUGUCAUGUGGAGCGGCGGCUUGGAAACUUUUGCUCUGUAACGUGCGGCUUUUGUGUCUAGUGUUGGCCUAAGUACACACUACAGUCCCUGCUUUGGUUUGCUGUUGUCAGGCAGUAGUUGCCCAGCAUUAACGCGCGCACACACACACACACACACACACACACACACUCUGGAGACAGGCUGUGUUCAGGCCUAUGCACGGAUAGAUGGCGCUUUUGUGUGCAGUGUUCAGAGUUGGCAUUUUGAAGCAAGUCUGUGCUUGUUGAAAAGCAGACUCUCAGCAUAUGACUUGAUGUAACAUGGUAUCUGCAUAUAAUAUAUAUAAAAACAUAUAUGAAUAUAUAUCUAUGCUACUACAGGGGAUUUUUUUGUGUAUGCCACUCCUACGCUAAGGGUGGAUUUUAAAGUAACUUUUUCGAAGACUCUUGAAAUACAGUACAUGAUGAUCUUGUGCAUCACUGAGGGUUGUGACCAUGAGAAAUGGUUUUUAUUUAUAAAAUACCAUUAAACAGUCAUAGCUACAUUUAAAAAAACAAACAAGCAACAGAGUAGCCUUUUUGAUUAUUAUUUUUUAACCUGCACUUUAGACUCAAAUGGAGAAACUGGGAGAUGUUUAUCCAAACAGUCGCAGACAGAUCUGAUUUAAAAAGUCCUGCAGGACGACUCGAUGUAGAAAGCGUUGUGUAGGUAAAUUAAAGUCGACAGUGUCUCGUCUGACUCGUAGGGCACUUCAAGGUUGAAACAAACCAACUUCAUGGCAUUCCAGCUCUCAUCUCGUAGCCAUAACUGAUCUCUUCAGCUUGAUACGCACACAUCGCUGGAUAAUUCAGAGGUUUUGUUCAGCUUGUUACUUUUUUGUUUUAAACAGAACUGAAGCUGAAAACUAUGUUGAAGUUCGCUUUAACGUCAGCAGUAGUUAGACUGAAUCACAAAGACACAAUUUCAAAUGAUGUCUAUGACGGUGGAAUGGUAUUUUAUAAUGGUUUGUUUUUAGAUGAUAAGCUUUUUACACUGCAUUCAAGUGUGUUUGCUAUUUUUUGUUCCUACCGAAAGUACUAAUUCUAUCUUUGCUAUGAUGGAGAGCCCUUGAAGGUUUUGUACUGAUCAAAACUUUUGUAAUUUUGAUUUAUUUGUAGCUAUAUACUCAAAAGGAACAAAAAAAAGAAAAAAAUCUGGAUUUAGUUGUUGAUGUAUUAUAACACAGAACGUGUAAAUACCAAUUUUAAGAUUUUUUUUUUUUUGUCUUUUCCCUUGUACUCUUUCUCUCUCACUCACAUGGUUGCAGUCUGCAGCCUCCUGAUCAGACUGUUGUAAUAUCACUCAGAUCUCAAGGUCUAGAAUAAAAUCUAUUUUGAUAAUAUCAA